GUUCAAUAAAGUUGAAGAAAAAAAAAACCGCUUGACCUGUGCGCUGUAACCGUGACGUUAGCCACCUAGCUGCUAACACUUAGCGACAGUAUGGGCAGUUUCAUUGAAAACUCCUUCCCGGCUGGAGACGAAAGCGAUGACAGCAACGACAACUGGGAUGUCGGGGGUUGUUCGGAUAAAAAUGCCCCUCGCAUUAAGGACCAGGAUGGCGCUGUACCACAUACACAAGAUAAUGUGUUGAUGUUGAAAAGAGCCAUCAGUAAAGGAGACAUUGAGACUGUCAAACAGCUGUUGGACAAUGGCAUGGAAGUGGAGACCAGGCUCGGGUUUGAGUGGACGCCUCUCAUGUGUGCCGUCAGCGUGGCCGACUACGAGCUCACCAAACUGCUACUGGACCAAGGGGCCAGCGCCAACUUCUGCAAAGAUCAUUGGACGGUGCUAAUGGCCAGCUGCUCGGCAUCUGCCAGUGAAGACAAGAUCGCUCGCUGUGUGGAGAUCCUACUAUCCAGAAAUGCUGACCCCAACAUGGUGGACAAGUUUCAGAUGACGUCUCUGAUGCUCGCAGCGAGGGCUGGCCACAGUAAGGUCAUCAACCUGCUGCUCUCCCACGGAGCGGAAAUCAACGUCCAGGAUGCAAACGGAUUCACGGCUCUGUGUAAAGCGGUGCAGUACGGCAGAGAGAAAGCCGUGCUGAAGCUCCUGGAGCUCGGAGCGGAUAAAACUUUAAGGAACAAAACUGGAAAGCAUGCUGCAGACCUGGCUGUGAUCUUCAAACACAGAGAGAUAGGCAGAAUCCUGGCCUCUUUGUCCCACAUCCCGACCGUGCAGGCCUUCAGCUCCACGGAGGAGAACCUCUCCAAGUUCUUCAAGACAAACUCAGAGCCGCCUCGGUCCAAAGAGAGUGUAACCAAGCUCGAUGACCUUGGGCUCUUCCUCCACGGACUCGAGCUGGGCCACCUCACUGACAUCAUGACUGAGAAUGACAUCACCUGGAGCUACCUGUUGACCAUGGAGAAACAGGACCUGGAGAAGGUUGGCAUCACAGACCCCGUGGUCCAGGAGAAGUUGCUGAGUGCUGUGCAGCAGAUGCAGCUGGACAAAGUGGACUUGGAGGCCAUCAGCCUCGUGGGACCUGCAGAGAGUAGGAAUGAGGAUCUGUAUAACUUCCUGAUCGGCAUGAGGCAGCAGUGCUGUUACCUGACGGAGGCGAUUCGGGACGUCAACGGGAAAUUCCCCCGCCAGGCCUCUCAGCUCGUCUUCUCUCUGGACCCGAAGAAGGAGGCGCAGACCAUCUGCAACCAGCUGGUGGUCCAGACCAGAGACCUGCAGAAGGAGGUCACCUGCCUCCGGAACAUUCUCUGCGAGAUGGGGGAAGCUGAACCUUUCUCUCAGCUUCCUCACCAGGGCACCAGGAGGAAGCGUUUCCUGUUCGGAGUGGCACUGAGCGCGCUCGGAGCGUACGUCCUGCUCUGCAGAGCCGCAGUAGGGAGGCUGUCCCUGCAGCUGCUCUGCAGGAGCGCGUGAUAGACACCAGGGAGAGUUUUAUUUACUGUUGGUCUUUGACUCCGAUGCAAAGUGUUUGACGAGACAUGGUGUUUUAUUUGUGCUGUUGCUUUCAUGUGUUCUACUUUCUCUGUCUCGUCUGUCCUUUUAGUUCUUUAUGUUCAAAUGAAAGAUUCUUUUGAGACACAAUAACUUCAAAUUGAACAGAUUAAAAUCUGAAUUUAGUUGACUGAUUACAGGUAAAAGCCUCAUUGAAUUUGUUUUUUCAUUGUGAAUCGUGAUCAUUUUCUAGAUCAUGAAGCAGUUCAAAAGUUAGGUGAUCAUUUCCUGGACUUUUAGUUAUUAUAACAUCUUCAAUAAAGGUUGUUAUUCGUU